AUGCCAAGGGUACGCCAAAGGAAGACUACGAGAGGUCAGGUUGACUUAUCAACGUACAAACAAGCUUAUGAAGAUGUAAAAGCCGGAUCUUCGUUAAGAACAGCGGCAGAAAAGAAUGGACUGAACCAUUGUUCCCUGCUGAGGUAUGUACGUAAACGAGAUGCGACUGGUGGCGAUGAAAAUCAAGAAAUGGGAUAUAAGGCUCACAAUCGAGUGUUUAACCAGGAAAAAGAGCGUGAGUUAUCUAAAUAUUUAAUUAGAUGUGCAGACAUAUAUUUUGGCCUAACUAAAAAGGAUGUUAUGAAAUUGGCUUAUGAACUAACCGUCAAGUACGACUUACCACGGCCUCGAACUUGGGAUGACAACAAAAUUGCUGGCGAGGAAUGGUUUCGCAUGUUUAUGAGAAGAAAUACUGAACUGUCAGUACGUGCAGCACAGGCUACAAGUCUAUCUAUGGCGACUAGCUUUAAUAGAUAUAACGUAAAUGCUUUCUACGACAAUUUGGCUACUGUUAUGGACCGUUAUAAUUUUGAACCACAAAAUAUAUAUAAUGCUGAUGAGACCGGUAUAACUACUGUGCAAAAACCCGACAGAAUAAUAGCUAGACGUGGUGCUCGUCAAGUGGGUUCAGUGACUUCAGCCGAGAGGGGUACUUUAGUCACAGUAGCCUAUGCGGUCAAUGCCAUCGGAAAUGCUAUUCCUCCAUUCUUCAUCUUUCCGCGAGUGCGAUACCAAGAUCACUUUAUCAGAGAUAGACCAAUAGGAUCUGCUGGAAGUGCAAAUCCUUCUGGCUGGAUGCAGGAUGAAACAUUUAUUCAUUUCCUGGAACAUUUCAAGAAACAUACAAAUGCUUCUCCUUCACAUAAAGUCUUACUUGUGCUUGAUAACCACUCUUCACAUAUUCACAUUACCGCACUGGACUUUUGCAAGACGAAUGGCAUUGUUAUGCUAUCUUUCCCUCCCCAUUGCUCACAUAAACUUCAACCGCUUGAUAGAUCUGUAUUCGGCCCGCUGAAAAAAGCUGUAAAUUCGACCUGUGAUGGAUGGAUGAGAAGCCACCCCGGCAAGACAAUGUCAAUAUAUGACAUCCCAGGGAUUUUAGCUACUGCUAUGCCGCUUGCUCUUACACAAUCUAAUAUUCAAGCUGGCUUUCGCACUACUGGGGUUGUUCCAUUUAAUCGGCAUUUGUUUACUGAACUCGAUUUUGCACCUGCAUUUGUGACAGAUAGGCCAAAUCCUGUAAAUACAAUCGAGGAAACUGAGUGCCCUAUGCAGAAUACUAUUACAUAUGAGGAUAAAACGCCAAUACCAUCACCUUCUAUUUUAAUUCUCGAACCACUAGAAGAGUCAAAGAAGCUUUCUAAUGCAGCUCUUUUUGUACAACAACAAACUGUAAAUAUGCCACAGUGUUCACAAGUCCCAGGCAGAGAACAAGAAAAUAUCAUUGUAGAUCCAGAACUUUUGAUUACACUACCCGGUUAUCAAAGUAGUGGUAGUGUUCAGCAAAUUUCACCCAAACCUUCUACAAGUUCUCAAUCCGUUACUUUGUUGACAAAUGAUACAAAAAAUAUCGCAACUUCGAGAACACCACUUAUGUUUUCGCCGGAAGCAGUACGACCACUUCCAAAAGCUCCUCCAAGGAAAUUAACAAACAGGGCACGAAAAACCAGGAAAUCUACAAUCUACACAGACACACCAGAAAAAGAAGAGAUAAGAAGAGAACAUGAAAACAGAUUGAAACGAACCAAAGCUAAGCAAGUUAAAAAAAUAUUAGAUGUAGCAAAGACUAAAAGUAAUGCUAUAAACAGGAAAAAAACUAACACGCAACGUGAAUCAUCACCGUCAGAAGAAGAGGAGUGCUACUGCCUUGUUUGUAUGUCAGCAUAUUCAGAAAGCAGACCGAGGGAAAAAUGGAUACAAUGCACAGAAUGUAAAAUGUGGGCGCAUGAAGAGUGCACAGAAGGUAGUAUUAGUUAUGUUUGCCACAAUUGUGAUUCCGAAUGA